GGUUACGGUUGUCACCAGUAGGAAGAGUCUAGCAGAAGAGCUGUGGUGGGCUUGUUCCCCAGACACCAAUGCCUCGCACGAUGUCCCUGCCAUGCACAGGCACGUUAUGGGGUCCGAUGCCGACGUGGCAGUAUCAAACGCCAACGACGCCGGACCUGAGCCCGGUGCGAACCCGCCUAGCCUCAAUUCCCACGUCCCUGGCAAUGACGCGAGCAUCAUCGCCCCUGAGGGCGAUGUUCCGGCGCCCGAUGCCGACACUAUAUUCACCAGCCCCAACGUGCAGGAUGCCGAUGGCAAAGACAGAACCACCUCGGUCGACAAUGCCAACCAGCACACCGGCGGCAUGCCAGCGCGGCGCAAUGCUCGGAAUAAGCGGUACUCAGAAAAUGGGCUCAACAAGUCGCAAGCCGCGGGCAAGCGGGCACGACAUCAUGAUAUUCCCCCUGGGAAAACACAACACUGUGAGCUGCCAGACCAGGUUCUACAUGUAGUCCGUCAUGCUAAGCCGUCGGACACUGAACGCAUAGCGAACCCCGACUCCAAGCACCCGGUUGUACAGGGGCCGGUGCGCACAAUCUUCGCCAGGGAAAUUGAGAGAACCGACUUCAUCCUUACGUUCCUGCUCAUAGGGUCCGGCUACUACAUCAUUCGAGAUGGCCAGGGACGUCCGUGCCGUGAUUAUUCCGGAUGCGUGGCGGCUCUGGAAUCCUUCUCUUUCAACGAUCCCAGGCAUCUCAGCGUACCACGAUGAAGCUGGGAAGGCAGCACUUUGCGCCGAGAUCCUUCGGCGAUAUGCCUACAAGGGUAAGUCACCAUGGUCCUGCCGGGUCUCAUUCUCCUGCCCCAAGGCUUCGAUUAACCGAGUCCAAACAGUCGUCAACAGCGACGGCAGCGACGUUAACACUGAGUGGGUUUCUAGAGCAACGGCCGCCUUGCCGAAAAUGUCCGGCAGGAGCAGAA